AUCUUCAAGCCAUAUGUUCUCGAGACCAGAAGGUAUAGAAAACACGCGGAUCUGGGUGGAUGGAUGCUUCGACUUCACCCACCAUGGCCAUGCUGGCGCCAUGCUCCAGGCUCGCCAGCUCGGACGUGAACUCUACGUCGGAGUCCACAGUGACGAAGAUAUUCUUCAGAAUAAGGGCCCAGUGGUCAUGAAACUAGCAGAACGGCUCACAGCCGUUGAGGGCUGUAAAUGGGCCACAAAGGCGAUUCCAGAUGCACCGUACGUGACGGCCCCCGACUUCAUGGACAAGUAUGGCUGCAAAUACGUGGUUCAUGGUGAUGAUAUCACCACCGAUGCCAACGGGAACGACUGCUACCAAGAAAUGAAGGACCUUGAUCGGUUCGUGGUGGUGAAAAGAACGCCUAACAUCCUGACAACGGACUUGGUGGGGCGGAUGCUUUUGAGCACAAAAACACACCAUUUGCCCGCCAUAAAAUCGAUGGGUCAUGGGCUUUUCUCCAAUGAGAACGUUGCGCAGUUCGAAAAGUAUGCCACCGAUCAAGGAGGGCUACACCCCCAUGCCGGAGUCUACGUCCACCUCGAUGACGACCCAUUGCAUGUGCUUGUGCAGCCAGCGCAGGAGGUUAACCAGACGUACCAGAAGUUGGUGUACGUCGACGGAGGAUUCGACUUGUUCCACCCAGGGCAUAUCGAAGCGUUGAGACUCGUCAAACAGCAUGCAAAUCAUGUGGGUGCGGCUGUGAUGGUGGGGAUCCAUGACGACAAGUGUGUCAACGACCAUAAGGGGCUCAACUACCCGAUCAUGACGCUUUUUGAACGGCUGUUAUGUGUGCUUCAGUGCAAGUACGUCGAUGGGGUAGUGUUGGCAGCACCGUACAAUGCCGACCGCCAGUUUUUGGACCGGCUUCCGGGCCUGGUGGUGGCAGUCAUGCAUGGCCCUACGCCGGUAGACCCCGAGGUGUAUGCCGAUGCCCGUACCGAUGGGAUUUACCAGCAAAUGGGGUCUCAUAAAUUCGACGACAUCAACACCCAGUUCAUUGUCAAACGAGUGUUGGACAAUAUGGAAGCGUUUGAAGAAAGACAGAGGAAAAAGGGGUGGAAGGCCGAGAACGAACGGCGACUCGAAGAGUUGGAGAGACAAAAGCAUACAUAGACUAGUUAAUUCAUUCAUUUAGGUCGUAUAAAAUUCGCAGCUAUUCGCGGUCGUCGUCUUUGAAGUAGUGGCUUUCAAUCAGUUCAGACUUCUCUUUUAUGAACCGCUCGUUUUCCUGGUGAUUGGAGUUGCGCCUUUGGCUCUUACCAAACAUGUUAAAUUGGAUAUCGGAGUCCAAAAGUUCGUCGCCAACACGGCCCCAAUUACCUUUACCGGCCCCAUUCUUCUUGACCUUGGUGGGAUCGGUACCAAAGUAGCCAUUGUGGGUAAACCAUUUGGGUUCGGAGGAUGCUUCGUGGACAGUCCAUUUUUCGGUUCUGGUCAUGAUUAUUGUAGUUUGUUAUAGUUGAUAAAUUCUUU